UCGGAUCGGGCAGACGGCAAUACCUCCAGUCAGAACUGGUGGACUGGCGUUGGAAGGAGGCGGGCGGAUCGCCUGCUCCUGUACCGCGGACACGAAAGCGACAUACGAAUCGGGGAAGUUGGUUUAUUUGGUGCUUCGCCGGACCAGCUUGUUUUCCAAACCGCGACUUCAAAAGCCAAGGCCUCCUCUCGCACCAUGAACCUCCCCCUGGCCCCCCAGCGGUAAGCAGGACGUACGAGAGAUGGCUGACCAUGACGGCAGGGCUGAGGUGCCAGUUGCACCGGGCCAGACGUACAUCGAGGUGGAGUAUGACUACGAGUACACGGCUAAGGACAAGCUGGUGAGCAUCCGGCAGGGCGAGUGCUACAUGCUGGUGCGCAAAACCAACGACGACUGGUGGCAAGUCCGCAAGAACGAAGACGCCAAAGCAUUCUAUGUGCCGGCCCAGUAUGUCCGAGAGGUCCGCAAGGCCCUGAUACCGCCCAGCAAGUCCCUGCAUCCGGUGAGCCCAGGCCGGCUCAAACCGGAUGUCUUGGAGAUCCGGCGGUCAGAUGAAAAUCUGAACAGACCACAGGAGAUGUCAAGCUUCGGGCGGGCCGGGUGUGGCCGGCCCAGCCCACCUUCGCUGCACCGGGACACCAACCAGAACUUGGAAGGCUUUGGCGGCAUGCCAGAGAACAUCCAGAACAACAACCUGAACCAGUACACCGGACCCGGCUUCAUGCACAUGCGGCCCGACUCACCCAAUGCCAGGGCUCCGGACUUUGGCCGCUCCCCUGUCCUGGUGAGGCGGAUCCUGCUAGAGCAGGAUGUGGAUCAAGCACCGGUGUUUAACGACCUCACUGCUGAUGGCCCAGAGAAACUCAGGAACGACUCGGAGUCCGGAGACGACCUGAGCAGCAGCUCCACGGAGCCCAUGCAGACGGUGUCCCCCAUGGGGGCGGGCAUGGCCGAGUCUCCGGUCUACACCAACCUUCAGGAGCUGAAGAUCUCGCAGUCCAGCUUGCCCCCACAGCCCUCGAGCUCGCCGGUACAUGCGCUUGGUGACUGGGAGACCCACCGCGACGUCAGUGGCCGUCACUUCUACUUCAACCGCGCCACGCAGGAGCGGACGUGGAAACCGCCUCGUGCCCGCGAGGCCACAAGCAGCGGGCAGGCCGAGACCCCAGACUCAGCUGGGGACGUCGAGCCUCUGUCCUUGGAGGAAAACUGCUACAGUACACACUCCAGCCAGUCAGACAGCCAGUAUGGGUCACCCCCCUGUGGCUGGUUCGAGUUGCUGGAUGAGCAUGGACACACUCUGUAUGUCUCUGAACACACCAAUGAGAAGUGGAUAAAGCAUAUGGAUGACCAAGGCCGGCCGUACUACUACAGCGCCGACGGCUCCCGGUCCGAGUGGGAGCUGCCCAAAUACAGAGCCUCCCCUCCGCAGCCCAUGGACAUGGCCAAGAGCCACAGUCUGGAUCGGAAGCAGCCUGACCCCAUCGUGUUGACCAAGUGGAGGCACAGCACCUGCAUGCUGGACCUCAAUGACAAGGAGACCCAGACGGGCCCAAAGCAAGCCUCCCCAGAUUCUGACUCCUGUCCCUCAUCUCCCAAGCACCCCAUCUGCCCGUCGGAGAAAUGCGGCGUGCUGAACGUCACCAAGAUCACAGAAAAUGGGAAGAAAGUCAGGAAAAGCUGGACCUCUUCAUGGACUGUGCUCCAGGGCACCUCCUUGCUGUUCGCCAAAGGCCAGGGAGGCGGGACCAGCUGGUCAUAUUACCGCAGUGGCUCAAUCCCUGAGCUGCUCCUCUCGCUGCUAAGCACCUGGAAGCGGCCGGCUAAGGCUCGGCGCGCCGUGUCCUACGGCUUUCCCGGGCUCGUCCCCACCGCCACUAAGUUUGGAGGGAAUCAGUCCAAGCCUGAGUUUACGGUGGACCUCAGAGGUGGCUCAGUGGAGUGGGCUUCCAAGGACAAGUCCAGCAAGAAGCACGUCAUUGAGCUGAAAACUCGGCAAGGGACUGAACUGCUGAUUCAGUCAGAGAUAGACAGCGUCAUCAAUGACUGGUACAAGGCCCUGGUUGAAACCAUCAGUGCCCAUGCCUGGGAGUCAGAUGAGGCCAUCGAAGAUGACUUCCCAGAGUCUCCGGGGGAUAAAGAGAAGGACCACCGGGACUCCAAGAAAAGCAGAGCCCUGAAGAGCUCGUUUGAUCAGGGUCACAGCAAAGGUGAAGGAAACCAGGGUUUGAUCAGGGUCACAGCAAAGCCAGACAACCUCUGUGGUGUUAAGCGCAUAUCUUUGGGUCCUUCCGCAGAUCAGGUAUUUGGCUGUAGCCUGACCAGCCUCUGCCAGAGGGAGAACACCACAGUGCCCAACUUCGUCUGCACGUGCAUUGACCACGUCGAGCGCACAGGGCUGAAUGUUGAUGGCCUGUACCGAGUCAGCGGGAACUUGGCCGUCAUACAGAAGCUUCGCUUGCCGUCAAUCACGGUAUCUGCCGUUGAUCUGAACGAUGGAAAGUGGGAGGACAUCCACGUCACCACAGGCGCUCUGAAGAUGUUCUUUCGGGAGCUUCCGGAACCCCUCUUUACUUAUGGCCAGUUCAGCGACUUUGUCAACGCCAUCAAAUGUUCCGACUACAAGCAGCGCGUGCAUUCAAUAAAAGAUUUAAUCAGGCAGCUGCCGAAACCGAAUCAGGACACGAUGCAGGUGCUCUUCAGGCAUCUCAGAAAUGUGAUUGAGCACGGUGACGUGAACCGCAUGACGACACAAAGCAUGGCCAUCGUGUUUGGGCCCACGCUACUGCGUCCCGAGACUGAGACAGCCAGCAUCGCCGUGCACAUGGUCUACCAAAACCAGAUUGUGGAGCUCAUUCUGCUGGAGUUUGACGGUAUCUUCGGCAGGUAGAGCCCCUCCCCCAAAAUCACCCCCCCCACCCCUCCUCCACCAUGGGGUUGAAGCUGCUGCCUCGCUGAAGCCAGACCCCACCAACCAAAGCCACUGACCUUCAUAUGAUAGCAAAAUAUGUACAUUAAGGAUACGAGUGGCUGUGAUGAUAGGGUGGCUGGCGGCGGUCAUGGCCGUGGCGAUGAAGUAAAAAUAAAAACACAGAAUUGACUUUGCACUUAACAUUUUGAGCCAUGUCACGUAUGGCAUGGACGCAUCCGGUUGCAGGUUUCCGGAGUGUUCCAGAUGACUAGACACGUGGCUGGCGCUGGGCACAGAUAGGUCCGCAUGUGCUGUCUAAAGAAUGGGAGGGGACAAGAAGAGUUCUGCGACCGCCCAGGCUGCAGGAGAGCCCUGGUAACUCCAAACUCUUAGUAUCUUCAAUGUUGCGACAAGAUGGACUAGAUCCCUCAGUCGAGGCUGAGAUAUUCAGAUAAUGUCGACCAAUCGGAUGCAGACUUGACUGGGAGGAGACGCGGCUUACUUUCUGAUGACGGGCCCCGGGCUCCGCUGGACCGGCCUGCCAUGUGGUAUCAGUAUUAAAGACUCCCCCCCUGCAGCCUUUGGAGACACGGCAGGCGCCGUGGGAGUGGAGCGGAGCGGGGCCGAUGAAGUCGUCUCCAGAAGGUGUGUUUUAGGAAUGAAGAAGCUGCUUGUAAGGAGGAAGACUACUUCUGCCACCAUUGGAACAGAGCCAAAUCAUUUCUUACAGCUUUUUUCCUGAGCAGUGGCACGUGGGAAGGGUGGGCCCUCCGGUUCCGUCCUUGUGGAUGUGACUGUCUCCUGUCCACUGUGUACCUCCUUUCUGAAUGUUUUUUUUUUGUUUUUUUAAUUUCCCAGUUCUCUGGAAGAGUGAUACUGAACAUAGCGUCACGUAGGUUUGUCUGUACAGUCUAUGCGUGAGGAAAUGGCGCUGUGGAAAACUCUUGUACAUCCUGGAAAAUUCUGGAAAAUGAAGUAUGACUGCUUUUGGAGGUGGAUGGUGACAACCAUAGGGAAGACGUAAGAUAUUUGAAUAAAUGAUGUCGGGAAUCAAUGGCUGCGUGGUCUGAGAGUGAAGGUCUUUCAUGUCUGUCUUUUGGGAGCACGGCCAGCUACUUUUUUUUUGUUUUUUUUUUUUAAAAAAACUAACUUGUUUGAGGCAUUGCUGUAUGUAAUCUGAAUAAAGAAGAGUAAAAUGUAA